AUGUGCGGAUAUGAGUCAUUGUAAAGUUUCGUUUAGUUUAUUCUCAGCUGACAACCCGACCGGUUUUGGAUAAUUCAGAAGCGGAAAAAUUCCACCGAGAGCCACUUCAGAGUGAGUAAACUCUUAUGCAUGACCACCGGACUCUGAAAACGUAGAGCAAUGGCCUCCACGUUGUGGGGGCAGCUCCCCAUAUUGAUGGAUAAUCACACUCGUGCAGACAAUAGCUGUUUCAGUGCCACACAGAGCACUGUGCUGAAGGGGGUGAAUUUCGGAGGUUUGCCCAUCGUUCUGCUGCUCGACUUUAUAGUCUUCCUGGUACUGAUAUUGGCCUUCACUGUGAUCAGAAGGAGACUGUGGGAUCAUGGGAGACUCGCUCUUGUUGCAGAGACUGAAAGAGACUUUAGUAAACGGCGCUACCGUAGAAUGACAUCAUCCAUCUCCGCUGAGGAGCCUGAAUACGAGAAGGGUUGCUGCUCUUGGGUCACCUUUAUCGUCAAUAUGGAUGAGGCUACAGUCCAGGAGAAAUGUGGGGUGGAUGCAGUACAUUAUCUGUCAUUUCAGAAGCACUUGAUCACCCUGCUCUUGCUCAUCUGUGUGCUGUCUGUGUCCGUCAUCCUACCAGUUAAUCUGUCCGGGGACCUGCUGGGCAAUGAUCCAUACAGUUUCGGGAGAACCACCAUAGGGAAUCUUAAGCAGAAUAAUAAGCUGCUUUGGCUACACACAGUGUUUGCAGUUCUAUAUCUCGUGAUCACGGUGGCCCUGCUGAGACGCCACACCUCUAAAAUGAAGGGAACCAAGAGAGAGAUAGCCAGAAACACCCUGUUUGUGAGGUCUAUACCAACUGCAGCCACCGAUGAGAGUAUAAAAACUCACUUUUUGGAGGCAUACCCUACCUGUCAAGUGAUUGAAGUUAACUUGUGCUAUGAUGUUGCCAAACUGAUUGAUCUGGUCAAAAACAGAAAACGGGCAGAAAAAAACCUGCAGCAUUACCGUAAGAUACUCGAUCGCCAGGGACAUCGUGAGGUCAUCAACCCGCGCCCUUGCAGCUACCUGUGCUGCUGCUGCCACUGUCAGGGGUGUGAAAAGGUUGAUGCUAUAGAGUUUUACAGCACGCAGGAAGCUGCUCUGCUUGAGGAGGAAAAUAAACUAAAGCAGAACAGGAUGUAUCCUCUGGGCAUGGCAUUUGUCACCCUGCAAAAUGAGUACAUGGCCACUUAUAUUCUGAAAGAUUUCAAUGCUCUUGAGUGUGGAGGUGGGGCAGGGGGUGUGGCUGUAGAAGAAAUGGGUGGGGGAAUCAAGUGUGGGUGUGGCCGGGAGCCUCAGCCGUCCUCUAAGAGUGCAGAGCUGAGGGUACACAAUUGGAAAGUGAAAUACGCUCCUCACCCACAUAAUAUCUACUGGGAGAAUUUGUCAUUACGUGGGUGGCGUUGGUGGCUACGUUGUGUGUUGCUGAAUGUUGCACUCUUCGUGCUCCUCUUCUUCCUCACAACGCCCUCCAUCAUCAUCAGCACCAUGGACAAGUUUAAUGUCACCAAGCCUAUUCACUAUCUGAACAGUGCCAUUAUCAGCCAGUUCUUCCCCACUCUUCUACUGUGGACCUUCUCUGCCCUGCUGCCCACUAUAGUGUAUUACUCUACACUGGGGGAAUCCCAUUGGACCAGGUCUAGUGAGAAUAUGAGCAUGAUGUACAAGCUCUACACAUUUCUGAUCUUCAUGGUGUUGAUUUUGCCGUCACUGGGCCUCACCAGUCUGGACGUGUUUUUCCGCUGGUUGUUUGAUAAGCAGUCUGAGGGGAAGCUGAGGUUUGAGUGUGUGUUUUUACCUGAUCAGGGGGCGUUCUUUGUAAAUUACGUGAUCACAGCCGCUCUGGUGGGCACAGGCAUGGAGUUGCUGCGGUUGCCAGGGUUGCUGCUCUACAUCGUGCGUCUGGCACUCGCACAUUCGGCUGCUGAGAGAAAAUAUGUUAAACAGAAUCAAGCAUACGAGUUUCAGUACGGCGCAAUGUACGGAUGGACUCUGUGUGUGUUCACGGUCAUCAUGGCUUACAGCAUCACCUGUCCUGUCAUCGUCCCCUUCGGUCUGCUGUACCUGAUGCUGAAACACAUGGUGGACAAACACAAUCUGUACUUCGCUUACCUGCCCGCUCGCCUUGACCGGCAAGUUCACCUGGGAGCUGUCAAUCAAGCGCUGGCUGCACCAAUCAUAUGCCUGAUGUGGCUUUAUUUUUUCUCUGUGCUCAGGACAGGCUUCAUGGCGGACACAUCACUGUUCACACUUGUGGUUCUGUGUGUCACCAUCUUUAUCUGCAUAAGUUACACUUGCUUUGGGCACUUCAAAUACCUCAGUCCCCACAACUACAACCUUUCUGAACCUGGCAUUAUUAAGGAGGAAGAUGAAGAUAGAGUUUCUGAGAGCUCAUGUGCAUCGGUGUAUCUUCCCAAAGUUCUGAACCCAGAUGCAUCGUCCGAUUCUUCUGAUGAGUGCAGCACUCGACAGUCCUAUGGCACGACAGACACGAGCCCGCCUUUCCUCAGCACUGAGGAAGACUGUCCAGACUUGGAUAUCUAACAACAAUAACACAACUGCCCUUUCUAUUUUUGGAGGAAAUGGUUCUUGCCAUAUUGGCGGUUGGAGGUCAGUGUAGAGAUGGAGGGGAUAUCCUUUUGAAAACAGAAUCUUUUGGAGGAAAAAAAAAAAAAUCACUCUCAAGCUUUUUUUCUGAGUUUUUUUUUUUUUUUCAUACACACUGAGAGACAUGAGGAAAAUUUAAUCAUAAACUGCCAUAUAACAAAUGCAAAAGAGCUUUUUGGGAAUCAGUUCGUCUCACCAAAGACUAAACUCUUUUCUAAAUUGCCAUUCAAACACGCUGUCCAAACAUUUCUACGUUACAAAAGCAGCUUCACCAUUGAGCACUUGCCAAGGAGGACAAAUAUAACUUGAAUAUAUAUCAAAGCGCACAUGAACACUUGAAUCAUGGCACUUGUGCCUUGUUGGAAACAACACACUUUAUAACUGUAAUUUGUGUGUGUAUGUGUAUGAGAGAGAGAGAGAGAGAGAGAGAGAGAGAGAGCGCUUACAUAUUGAUUGUCAUUCUUAUUGUUUUCUGUUUUAAAGCAAAGUUUUAUACAAAUAUGUUAAUAUAUUGAUAUUGACAUAUUGAGCUCAUUGCUCAGUGGCCUUGUGUGUGUGUGUUGUUUACAUGGUUUAUGCGGACACAAAUGUGUUUAAUGACAUGUGUAUUACAAUGUAAACAUGGUUUAUGAGGACACUUCCUGUGUUUGUUUUUUUUUUUUUUUUUAAAUGCCAAAAGUUUUCUGUCCUGGCUAGGUUUAGGUGUAUGUUAGGGGUAAGUUUAGGGGAUAGAAUAUACAGUUUGUAUGGUAUAAAAACCAUUACGCCUACAGAGAGUCCCCAUAAACCACAUAUACAAGUGUGUGUGUGUAUGUGUGUGUGGUUCAGGUAUUCCCUACGUUAUGGGGACAAAAUGGCAAUAUCAGAAAUCUCUGUCCUUGUGGGAACAUUUUUGGUCCCCAUGAGGCAAAAAAAAAAUCAUAAUAAGUGAUGUUUAAAAUGUAAAAAUGCAGAAAGUUUUCUGUGAUGGGUAGUUUUAGGGUCCCCAUAACAAAAACCGUGUGUGUGUGUGUCUGAACGAAUAAAUAGAAUUGUAUUAGGCUGACAAGUGGCCUCAUCAUCAUCACUAGGUGGCACUGUUGUUUUCUGAUUCUUUUGGUUCUUUUCAGAGCAGUGGCAUGAUGUCAAUUACUAGAGAAAAUCAUUUAGAAAAAAAUUAUGCAAAGAUUGAAUUUACAGUAAGGCACUUACAAUGCACUGCUUACGCAAUACUUAAGCAUUCAUGAGGCUUGCUAUGUAAAGGUCAAUUUAAGUGUCAUGACCAAAUACUGCCAGUAAACCUGGUAACUUUUGCAUGAUACCCGCAGGUACACCAGAAAGGGACUGUUUGCAUGGAGCAAAUUGGUCGCAGGAAAUUGCGAUCAAAUUCAUUUACCUAGAAAAGUUUUCCUACUUCAAAGGACUAUUUAGACAACUUUAUUGAUCAAAAAAGAAACAGGGUUUUGCUAAAUAGUAAGUAAAACCCUUGCAUUUCUGCUUUUAACUGUAAUGCAAUGGGAAAAUAUUGUGUAUAUGAAGGGAAACUGUUGAAAUGAUUCCUGUGUAUGUGUUUUAGUUCUGUAUAUUCAUUAUUAUAUGAUUGGAACCGAAA